AUGGACUCCAACACGAUCAAGCAGACUGUUAUGCGUCAGGUUCAGCUCGAGUCCAACACCUCGAAUGCCCGGAUGCUCAUCGAGAAAAUGAACGAGGUCUGCUUCGAGAAGUGCCUGCCAAAGCCCGGAUCAUCCGUCUCGAGCGGCGAGCAAACGUGCUUCACUUCAUGCAUGGAGAAAUACAUGAGCGCAUGGAAUCAAGUAAACGCUGCGUACAUCCAGAGAAUACGACAAGAACAGUCUGGGUUAUAA